AUGGCGUCCGAGCACAUCCCUGUCAAAUGGUAUCGAUCAACCUUUUAUAAUAUCACGAUCCUCGGCCUGUGCAACUUUGCUGCGCCAGGGAUAUGGGGUGCUAUGAACUCCCUCGGCGCGGGAGGAGCACAAAAACCAUACUUGGUCAAUACAGCGAAUGCGUUGACGUUCUCUCUCAUGGUAGUUUCUUGUCUAUUCUCCAGUGCCUUGGUUCGCUUGAUUGGGAUCAAGGGUGCUUUGCUUUUUGGAACCCUUGGUUAUGCACCUUAUGCCGCAGGCUUAUACACAAAUAAUCGCUUCGGCACGGAAUGGCUCACCAUUUUUGGGGCUGCUCUGUGUGGUAUUUCUGCCGGCGUAUUCUGGAUGGCAGAGGCAGCCAUCGCAAUUGCCUACCCUGAGCCCUGGAACAGAGGCAAGGCACUGGGAUAUUGGCUGACGUACCGAGUCAGUGGUCAGAUUCUUGGUGGUGCCAUCAACUUGGGCCUGAAUUCGUCCCGCAAUGAGGCCGGAAAGGUAUCGCAUACAGUGUACCUCGUCUUCAUUGCUCUUCAAUGCCUCGCUCCCCUCGGCGCGCUCUUCCUGACGCCACCCGAAAAGGUACAGCGUCAAGAUGGGAAGCCAGUAGAGCUGGGAAUCUUCAGCAACCCUUGGUUUGAGAUUAAAGCUACCAUCAAGCUGUUCUUCUCUCUAAAGUUCCUGCUUCUGCUACUGCUUAUUGGACAAGCCGUGUAUGCCGAAGCUGUGUUUUUCACCUACCUCUCCUUGUGGUUUAGUGUUCGCUCGCGGGCUUUGGGAUCAUUCCUGUCUGGUAUCGUAGCCGCGAUUGGGGGUAACGUCCUAGGGUACUGGCUAGAUAAAACGACUAUCUCGCUCAAGUUCAGAGCCAGAUCCACGUUCUGGACAAUUUUAACUCUGCAAGGGGGGUGGUGGACUUGGGCGACAGUGUUAGCUACGCGAUACCAUCGCACGCAGCCCACGUACGACUGGACAAGCCCUGGUUUCGGUUCCGGCUUUGCCGUCUACAUUUUCUUACUGCUUGGCUUUCAGCUGAACUACAUGUUUUUGUACUUCAUCAUUCAAAAUUUGUCCGACUCUAAGGAGCAGAUCAUCCGCUAUUCUGCGUUGCUGCGCGGAACUGAGUCUGCUUGGCAAGCAAUUAGCUACGGCUUAGGAUCUAUCGAGAUUAUGGCCCAAGUCGGCAGCAUCUACUUGAACUUCAGUCUUUGGGCAGCUGCGAUAAUUCCAGCCUGGCUCGUUUUGCGCCACAUUGGUGUAGCAAAGCCAGGCGAUGGUGAGGAUUCGGAGCAUAGCAUAAGUGAAGCUAGCGAUGCCAAAGCCGCCAGAGAAGAGACCUCUGGACUGUAA